AUGGUUCACUACAAAGCUAAGUCCAUGGAUGGCAUACAGAGAGUAUCUGCAAACACAAAAUCAGUUGUCGGUUAUCCUCAUUUCAGUCAUGUUAAUACUGGCAAAGAAGCAGCUAAGAAGGUCCCUGCUGGAAUUAGAUCGGUGUCUGGUUCACUACAAAAUGGAUCAGGUACCCUAAAUCCAUCAGUGGGACAGGUUCGUGAGAAGGAUGCCCGUUCUGUUGGGAGCCCUGAUGGGGCAGCCAAACAUUUAUGCGUAGAAAAUGCCACUAGUACUCUGGCCCACAUUUUGGAUGUUCAAACGAAUGUCAAAGGAGGUUCCGACGCUAAGCCUGUCAUUUCAGACAAAACAGAGACAGUUUCUGCUUUCUUGCAGAAAUUGAAUAUCAGGGUGGGCGCGGAAAAUAGUGGCGCUCAAAUUUCUCAUCCAUCUGAUGUUCAUGGAGAUGGCAGUAUGUUGGUUUCAGGAGUGCUUCAGAAGCCAAAGUCUGAGGACCACGAUGGUAGUUCUCCACACGGCCCUGAGGAUGGAACACCAAAAUAUGGAAGCAGCACGAUCACUGGUGAUAUCAUUUGCAGUAAUUCCUUUAUUCACUCGUCAAACGGUCCGACUUCAGGAAAGGAUGUAAACGGAGCAUCAAAUGGGAUAGAAACAUCUGUCAAAUAUGUGCAACCAAGAGGCUUAAUAAACUUGGGGAAUCUGUGCUUUCUUAAUGCAACCCUUCAAGCACUUCUUUCAUGUUCAGUUUUUGUUCAGCUUUUACAGAAACUUAUUGUUCGUGAUAUUCCCAAGACUGGAUACCCAACAUUACAUGCAUUUACUGAGCUCAUUUCUGAGUUUGAAGCAUCAAAGGAUUUGAGUGCAAAAAAGAAGGCGAGUGCUGUUGUUGAGGUUGGAAAGCCAUUUAGUCCUGCUAUGUUUGAAUCUGUCUUAAAGAAGUUCACUCCAGAUUUGCCUGCAAACAUAUCAGGGAGGCCAAGGCAAGAAGAUGCUCAGGAGUUCUUAAGUUUCGUGAUGGACCAGAUGCAUGAUGAGUUAUUAAAACUGGAAGGUCACCUGUCAUUUUCGGAUGGGGGAAGGUCAUCACUGGUUUCUUCUGCUGAAGAUGAAGACUGGGAAACUGUUGGACCGAAAAAUAAGACUGCAGUGACCAGAACUCAAAGUUUUGUGCCAUCUGAGUUGAGUGAUAUAUUUGGAGGGCAGCUACGAAGUGUUGUUAAAGCAAGAGGCAAUAAAGCAUCAGCUACAGUGCAGCCAUUCCUUCUGCUUCAUUUGGAUAUAUUUCCUGAUGCUGUUCAUACAAUUGAGGAUGCACUCCGGCUGUUUUCUGCGCCAGAAACACUUGAAGGCUAGAGAGCAUCAACAGGAAAGGCUGGAGUCGUCAGUGCCCAGAAGUCUGUGAAAAUACAGACCCUGUCCAGGAUUAUGAUUCUACAUUUGAUGCGGUUCAGCUAUGGGAGCUUGGGAAGUACCAAACUGUAUAAACCUGUUAAAUUCCCCCUUGAAUUGGUUCUUGGGCGUGAGCUGCUUGUCUCGUCUACGACAGAGGGCAGGAGAUAUGAACUUGUUGCUACAAUUACCCAUAUAGGGAGUGACCCAUCAAGAGGACAUUAUGUAGCUGAUGCGAAGCAUGUGGAAGGCAGAUGGCUACGUUUUGAUGAUGCAUCAGUCAGUGUCGUGGGUCAAAAUGACGUGCUCCAUGAUCAUGCUUACGUACUUUUUUAUCAGCAGGUUUAGGUUUCUCCUGAGUUUCGCUGUAAAGUUUCACAACUUAUUGUAGAUAUUGCCAGGGAAGUGCUGUUGCC